AUGCCGAACCGUUUUUCUAGUAAAAGUAAACUGGGACGUCUCACAAUGCCUGAACCUGAAAGUCCACCAAAUCUCGAUCUUGACGAUAAAUGCAUGAUGAAGUUUUCGGAAGAUGGUGACGAGGUUCAAGUACGAGCUCAAGACUUAGAGAAGAUUGAAGAACUUGGAAGGGGAGCAUAUGGGGUUGUUGAAAAAAUGCGUCACUGUCAAACGAAUACUGUUAUAGCUGUUAAGCGUAUUCAUUCUCAAAUAAAUGAUGAAAGUCAGAAACGAAUGCUUGUGGAAUUACAAGCUUGCAUGAAAAGCGAUUGCUGUCCACAGAUGGUGCGUUUUUACGGAGCAAUGUUUCGUGAAGGCGAUGUAUGGAUUUGCAUGGAAGUAAUGGAUACAUCAUUGGAUAAAUUUUAUCGAAUGUGUUUCGAUUCAGGUGGUCCUCUGCCAGAAAUGUUCAUAGCUAAAUGUGCUCUUUCGGUUGUUGAGGGACUGAAUUUUAUGAAGGAGCAAAUGAAUCUAAUACAUCGGGACGUUAAGCCAUCAAAUAUACUGCUCAAUAAGCAAGGAGCAGUGAAAAUUUGUGAUUUUGGCAUUUCAGGUCAUUUGACAAAUUCAGUUGCAAAAACAGUGAAUGCAGGGUGCAAACCUUACAUGCCACCGGAAAGAAUUGAAGGUGAAAAGAAGGUUGCUUAUGAUGUUCGAGCUGAUGUGUGGAGUUUGGGUAUUACGCUGGUGGAAAUAGCCUCAGGAUCCCAUCCGUAUUCCAAAUGGAAAACGCCAUUUGAACAAUUGAAACAGGUUGUUCAUGAACCAGCACCAAGAUUGUCUCACAGUUUGGGAUUCGGCGAUAAUUUUCAGGAUUUUGUUGCUCAGUGCCUGACAAAAGAUUACAACAACAGGCCGAAAUAUCCAGAUCUGUUGGUUCAUAGAUUCCUGGAUGACGCUCGUAAUGAUCAUAAAUUUUCAAUGGGAGCCUUCGUCCAAAACAUUUUGGGUGUAGCAGAACGCGAACGCGAAUCCGUUCUUCAGAAUUUUAAUACUGAGACGCCAGUUCCAAAACUCAAUAUGUCACUUGGGCGGUUCAAAACCAUUAGGCCAAAAGCAUUUGGCCUAUUUAGCCAAAGGACCUCAUUAAGCAACCAGUUUCUCUUCUAA